GAGUGACACCCCAAGAAGAAGGAAGCUCCCCCACCUUGCAUGUCCUAGGGGCUAACCGGGGCAACGGGGAGUAGGGGGAGAUGCCGCCUUGUAUCCUCUGAGGCCCCCACACCAUGGCCCAUUCGCUGACCUGGCGCUGCUGCCCGUGGUGCCUAACAGAGGAUGAGAAGGCUGCAGCCCGAGUGGACCAGGAGAUAAACAGGAUCCUCCUGGAACAGAAGAAGCAAGACCGCGGGGAACUGAAGCUCCUUCUGCUGGGCCCUGGCGAGAGUGGGAAAAGCACGUUCAUCAAACAGAUGCGGAUCAUCCACGGUGCCGGCUACUCGGAGGAGGACCGCAAGGGCUUCAGGCCUCUUGUCUAUCAGAACAUCUUUGUGUCCAUGCGAGCCAUGAUUGAGGCCAUGGAUCGGCUCCAGAUCCCCUUCAGCAGGCCAGAGAGUAAGCACCACGCCAGCCUGGUCAUGAGUCAGGACCCCUACAAAGUGACCUCUUUCGAGAAACGCUUCGCCGUGGCCAUGCAGUGGCUGUGGAGGGAUACUGGCAUCCGGGCCUGCUACGAGCGCCGGCGCGAGUUCCAUCUGCUGGACUCAGCAGUGUACUAUCUGUCCCAACUGGAGCGCAUCACCGAGGAGGGCUAUGUGCCCACAGCACAGGAUGUGCUGCGCAGCCGCAUGCCCACCACUGGUAUCAAUGAGUACUGCUUCUCCGUGCAGAAAACCAACCUACGGAUUGUGGAUGUCGGGGGCCAAAAGUCAGAGCGCAAGAAGUGGAUUCACUGCUUUGAGAAUGUGAUCGCCCUUAUCUACCUGGCCUCGCUGAGCGAGUAUGACCAGUGCCUUGAGGAGAACAACCAGGAGAACCGUAUGAAGGAGAGCCUGGCCUUGUUUGGCACCAUCCUGGAACUUCCCUGGUUUAAAAGCACAUCUGUCAUCCUCUUCCUCAACAAAACUGAUAUCCUAGAGGAGAAAAUCCCCACCUCCCACCUGGCUACCUACUUCCCCAGUUUCAAAGGUCCCAAGCAAGAUGCAGAGGCAGCCAAAAGGUUCAUCCUGGACAUGUACACCAGGAUGUACACUAGCUGCAAUGAUGGCCCCGAGGGCAGCAAGAAGGGCCCGCGUUCCCGACGCCUCUUCAGCCACUACACUUGCGCCACGGACACGCAGAAUAUCCGAAAGGUCUUCAAGGACGUGCGGGACUCUGUGCUUGCCCGCUACCUGGACGAAAUCAAUCUGCUGUGACUCAGGGCCUACCUGAGGGCAGGUGGGUGGCAGAGGGGCCCAAGCGAGCCCCGAGUGCCUCUGGUCAUUCCAACCCCGGCAACAAAAGGUCCACGCAUGAGUGAGUCCGAAGAAGCAGGACUCGCCUGCCACUGCCCCCUUUCUUCUCUGCCACUCACUAAGAAACACUCCCCGCCCUGUGCUGGGUUCUCCUGCCCUUGCCUGACUUGUUUACCUCCUUUGAAAGGGAGGGGACAAAAUACCCGUUUGGGUUGUCAGGGUGGAGGAAAAGGUGAAGAAACCAAGGUUUCAAGGACUUGGGUAGGUGUGCUUCUCGAAGGAGCCCCACAUCCGGGUAUGUCACGUGCUGAGCAGGGGUCUGGGAUCCCCUUAUGGGUACGCACAGUCUGGGAUUGGAGAGUGAGCCUUGGGUGCUUUCAAAGUGGGCUCUGGCGCCCUCUGGUGGACAUCAAGAGGCACUAACCCCGGUCUGCGCGGGGACAUCCGUCUGCUAGGGGAGUCUCCAGGCUCAUAGUGUGACUCUUCCGGUUUACGGAUAAGGGAAACCGAGGCCAACAGGCACCCCGCCUCCUUCCCAGGAUGGGGUCUGGGAAAGCCGCAUCUUAGAUGUAUGCAAAAGGUUAUAUUUAUUUCCUCACCCUCAGCGGGGCCCCUUGUAGGGUGGACAUUAAAGUCAUGACAUCCUGAA